AUGACGAGGAGCAUCACCGCAGCAAGUUGCAUAUCUUAUCAAAACCCUCGAUUUGUAUGGAUCUCGGACAAGCUUCUUGCAGACGCUUUUCGUCGGUUCUGUCACCCCAAACGAUAUGGUAGCAGUGUUCCUGGCCCAUUGGAAGCUCAACGGCGUGCCGCUAAGCGGAAGAACACAAGUCUAGCGCCCUCACUUCCGGGCGGAAUACCGGUUGAUCCCUCUGUCGUCUUUGGAUGCAGCUCAAAGAUAGACUGGUGGCAGUCUCGCGCUCAGCUGGAUGAUAAACCAGCUCUAUCUGGUCUCCUACCCUCAUGGCUGUUCCCGUAUUCCCACCCUUCUGCGAGGCAUUCGCAACCCCCAUCCAGCGAAACGAGUGAUACAGAGAUAAUCCCUCAACCAUCGCGCCCACUGAGGCUGCAGCAGCUGGCCCAGUGUCAAACAUUACAAGAUAUUCGAGAAUGGUUACAGAAUCAGGGGAUUUUCCUACACAACAACCAGUCGAUUGGCGCCGCAAUACAAAAACACAUGCUGAAAGCGAACUUGAGCGCCACGGAAAUCGCGACCUACCUCUGCGACCCCCACUUUCAUCCUCCUGGAACCUCGUUCAUUCGGCAAAUGUCUCCUGAACUCUUAGAUCGCGUUUGGGACGGUCGGUCUUGGAAAGCGGUGCGAGAAAGUAUCUGCAAGGCUGCUGAGUUGGGUCUCAUCAGUAUUAGCGAUUUGCAAGCGAUCAUCACCCACGCCGCUGACACGACCGUGGUGAAGCUGCGAAAAGAUGAUGGCGAGCUGGUUCACAGUGCAUUGCGUGAAAAAGAGAAUUUAAUUUCAGGCAUCCUUACGUCUCUAGAUCGGUCCAAAGUUCUCAGCAAGGCUGAUCUUGGACCCACGUUCUUGUCGGAACUGCUCUCAAAUUUUGCCAGCCUCACCCACAUGCGACGGAGGCAUAGGAUUGUGUGGCACCUGCUGCCAUGGGCUCGUGAGAAUGACGCUCCCGCGGUCAGUCAACUGAUCGUAAGGGAUCUCGGGGGGAUCUGCCGUGAAGAUCCACAACAGCCAGUAGGCCAUAAACUUGCAGAGUCUCUUGUCAGGGUCCCUACGAGAGUUUUGCGCCUGGCACUAUUGCAAACGACCGAAAGGCUGAUUGCCAUUGCGAGGGAGGAGCCAACUCACCGUUACAGAUACCUGUUCUACCAUUGGAUAGGGACUUUGGCGGCGUUCAGAUCUACGAGGAAAAACAUUUUGCUGAUGGAGAACGACUGGGUUAUCCAGCAGUCAUACCAGAGCAAUCUCCAGCGAGACCAACGUUUACUGGCAUUUGCCUGGACCUCAAUGUGCCUCUGUCGGGAUCGACGAGGCUUACAACGGAUAUCGGACCGGCUAAAGUUUCUGGACGAGUUUGAGAAGUCAAUCAAAUCAAUACCGGACUUUGCCGCCAAGGGCUUUCUUGACAAUGCUGUGGUCAGCCUUCAAAGCUUGCCUUUGCCCCACAAGGACGCCUUAUUGAAACGCCUGACGAGGUGCAUUGACCACGAGAUUCAGCCGCUCAUUGAUGGGAAGUUCUCAGUGUUGGGUGAUGACGAAUAUUACCGCAAAGCUCAGGACAAAUAUGUCGACGAGCUUCUGUCAUUGUCAGAGAGCUUGAACCACAACCUCUCUCUUUUCAAAAGCCUGACACGGAGAAUGAUUCACAAAAACCUGAAAUCGUUUGAUAUUGUCUGCAGAAUCCUGGAAAAUAAUAUGUCCUUGAAGCUGGCCUUAUCACAGAGUUUUCCUCAACGUCGAAAUGCCCAGCAGGAACGCACGCAGUCCCCGGAUCGAGUUGCAUUUUCGAGUCUCGACCCUCCGUGUGAGAUGGAAGAGAAUGGCGCCGACCGGAGCGACGCCUCAGCGACAAAUUUCAGCUCGCCAGACCCGGAAGAAGCUAUUGAUGUAGUCAACCACAUUGCAGUAUCGUUUGCUACCACGCCCGUCGCCACACCUCGAGUCGCCCUGCACCGAGUAUUCUGGUGCUAUCGCUUCCUAUGUAGCUACGGCGCACCCGUCCAACCGACGAUUACACGUGCUCUGUGGCACGCAGGCGUUGCUCGGUACGGUGAACAAGGCACUGCUGUAACACAAUUGAAAUGGAUCUUAGAGAAAGUCUCGCAGACCGAGGGCGAGGGUGUCGCUAGGCAAUUGCUCUGGAGCAAGUCGCUCCGUGAGCAGCAUCGACAGGAGCUGGAGAGCCUUGGCAAGAUCGACCUAGACGAGCACAGCAUGCUGUUGGCGGAAACGACCGAGGCAACAAGCGAGGAAGGACACUAUCAUCUGGACCUCCGUCCAGCGAUCAUGGCGGACUUGGAAGUCCCCCGUAAGAUCUGCUUCGUCCAGACUGAACGUGACGAUGCACCUUUCUGGUAUGAAAGUCCGAUGAGAAAGAUCUUUUGGGAGAGAGCUCAAACCCGGGUCCGAGCCAGACGGAAAUACAAAUCAGGCAAAGUCGACGAGGUCGAGAAAGAAGGAGGAGAAUUCCCUGGAGAAAGGAAGAUGGCCGAAUGA